UGCGAGCUAAAAAAUAUUUAUCAUGCCAUAUCAACAAACUCAACAACAAAUGCCAUCCAUUAUAUGUGAUGGUCAUCAUUAAAGCGAGAGAGAGAGAUGUAAGUGUUGUCCAAGAUCCAGUGACUUCAAGUUUGUUCUGGAAUGGUGCUGAAGCACUUGAGCUGUAUUAUACAGAAACAUAGUUUAAGCUGGAAUACUGUGCCGCAUGUAUGAAGAUGAUUUAACAUGUGCUAUUACUAGUUAUGUGUUAACACUUGAAAAUAGCUCACAAUAAGUGUCAAGUUAAAAAAAAAACUUGUUGAACUACCAAAAUAUUAGAAACUGUGGGGAAAUAUUUUGGCUUAAAUACUGUAAUUGGAAUCCGUUUAAAGCAAAAUGAUAGCUAGUAAUGAGUGUUGAAAAGAAAACUGCUUUAGGUACGGUUGCGAGUAGUGAUGUUAAUAUCGGUUUUUAUUAACGCCUACGCCAUUGUAUUGUUUAGUUAACAUGUCAAGUACAUUAAUGAAAACUAUUUGGAAAAACACACAAAUUAUUUAAGUGAUCAGGGACUGGUGGGGAUAAACAUGGCUCGUACUGUAUUCUGUAUAUUUGUAUUUUCUUGUUAAGUUAAUUGCCAGAUAUCUAUGAAAAUACUGAUUAAUUUAGAAGUGCUGAUUAUAAACUUCAAAAUGGAACUAUGAGGCAGACAUUUCUGCUAUGCAGAAUUAUCUGAAGAAUUCAAUGUGAACUUUUUUUGGUAGAUUUUGUGUAUCCAAGAUAAUGAAUAUCUGCAUGUCAGUGUGAGUUGCUUUUGCAACUGUAAUAAUGCAAGUGUAUGUGUCUUAGUGUUCAGAUAAUAUUGUGAUAAUAAGCAACAGUGAUUAUGAUUAUGAGCUAGGAAACAUACAAAAAAUGCUGAUGCAUCAGGUUUAAAAUGAAAGAAAAUAGUUAAUGGCUAUAGGCUGCAUAGAUUUCCCAACUUAGUGAAAUGACAGUAGUAUUAAAUCUAGAAACUUAGAUAAAUUUUAUAAUAAUGGUAAGCUGUUGAAUAGAAAUUUUUAUUUAAAACAUGUAGUGUUAAUUAUUUAUAUUAAUAUAUACAUUAAUUUAAUAAACAAAAAACACAAUAUAAAUGAAGGAUGAAACCAGGUUAGGAAAAGAAUGGUUACUCUCCAGAGGAUAACUGGAAAUAAUUUAUCCAAAUUAGUGACAAGUGAGACAUUAAGAAAGAUGGAAAGUGCAACCCAGAACAAAUUUAGGCAUUAUUAAGUUACACAAUAUAGUAAUGAUAUUUCAGCCUAAACUUGUAACUAUUGACUGUGUAGGUUGGAUAGGAAGCACAAAGUUGAACUUUUUAAAAUAUAAUACUGUAAUUAACUUUUUAAUACAAUACAUAGAUAAAGGCUAAACCAUUUGCAUUCAAUAAAUUUAUUUUAUCAAUUUUUGGAAAAGUAAUACUAAAAUUGCAUCAAUUAUGGAAGGUAUAAAAUGUAUCACUGAACAGUGUGCUGAUGAAAAAGAUAUUUCCAGUGAAGCAGUGAAGAGUAGUGGUGAAACAGAGUUCGCUACAGAAGUACCAGCAGCAUGCAGUGCAGAAUCCCAAAUCACUGGCAAAGUGGCAGAUUGCAGCAACAAAAAAACUAAUCCUGAUGAACUAAACAGGGUUGAGAAUGAUGCUGCAGAAGAAACUGGUGCUUCUGAAAUCAAAUUUAAUGAAGUAACGCACAGCUUUAAUUUAACUGAAGAUAAUGAUUGUAAACAAAUUGUUGAUGUGACAAAAGUUGAUUUAGAAAUAAAGGAAAGUCUAGAUGGAAUCAUAAAUGGAAAAAAAUCCAAGAUUCCUGAAACAGGAGGGGCUUUAACAACUGAAACAAUAUGUGUCGAUGCUAGAUGUGGUGAAGUUAAAAGCUGCUUGGAAGUGGGGGAGAUAGUAAGCAAUGAAUCUUCUGAUCUAAAUGAAAGUUUAAUGACAUCUUCCUGUAAAACGUUGAAAAAUGAUAGGGCUGCUUGCAAUAUAAGUGUGGAAGUAGAUGUACCAGAAAUGGAGGUUUCUGGUAUAAAUGACAAGCCUCUAGAUAUAAAACACUUGGAUUCUCACAUGACUGAACCAGCAAAAAGGCAGGCAAGUCCAAAACUCAAGGAAUCAAAAGAAGAAAAGAGUGAAGAAAGUGUAGAAAGGGAUUCAAGAAGAAACCGAAAGUUUUCAAUAAAUGAAAUGACAGAUAUUAAACGGAAAGAGUCUAGCAAAACAAGCACAAGUCGGUCAAAAAGUUUGGAAACCUUAAAUGAUACUAAAAUUAGUCAUGACACUGGGAAAGUAGAUGAAGAACACGACUUGGGAAAAAAUUUGAAAAUACACAAACAAGAAAGAAGACGUUGUACCUCGCAUUCCUCGAAAGAAACUGAAUUAGAAAGUGACAAUUCCUCUAGAAAAUUAUUAAAAAAAGGUAGAGAACAUUCACAGAAAUUCAGUGACAGUGUGCGAUUGAUACGUGAGCAGAGAUACUCUAGAGACAGUGACAGAAAUAACUUUGAUUUCCAAAAGCAUCACAGGAGAAUUGAUGGUUAUGCUUCAAAUUUCCCAAGUUGUUCUAGCUAUUAUGACGAGACUGACAGUUAUUCAAGAGGCCAUGAAGCUGCAAGUGAGAGAUUAUAUAAGAGGCAGAGGAGUCACUCAGGAAGAUCAAAUAUUAGAGAGGACAUCAGUCACAGACAUGAGAGAAGAGAAAGUUUUGAGUGGAAUGAAAGUGAGAGCAAUUCUUCUGGGAGAUUUGAAGAAAGGGAUAGUGACUCCUCCUAUAAAUAUUAUGGGAAAGUAUUGCUGAAAGAUGAUGAAAAAAGCUAUAGUUACUACAGAGAUCAUGAAAGGGAAAAUUAUUUGGAUAGGGUUAUUUCAGAUCAACGGAAGUUCGCCAAUACGUGUGUUUCGUUCUCGAGUGAUUCCUUGUGUCAAAGGACUAAUAGAAUUCAGAUGAAUAACACUUAUUUAGACUCGGAAAAUUGGAACAUUCAAGAUUCUGAGAGAGUAGAACUACCACAGUGUAGCAGUGAAGGAAGAGGCAUUGACUAUAAGCGAUCAUAUACUCCUGAUUACGAUUCACAUGAAGAUGGGUUUGCGAAGUACAGUAGUUCAAAGAAAAGAUUGCGACAUUCAGGACACAAUCACAAGUUGAGAAAAUCAAGUAGGCAGUAUGAUUCUGAGGAGGCAAGCAGAAGCAGACAUGACGCAUCAUAUUCCAAGUCUCAUUCUGCAAGUAGUAGAAGUGGUCAUGCAAGAAAAAUUGAACAGGGGAGUGAUCCCACAGCUAUUUACAACUGCAGCAAUAAGGAGAUUAGAGAGCAGUGCAAGAAGGUAAAGGAUCGAGCUGUUCGUCGUGCUCUUCUCUCUCUACAUGAAGCUCAUUACCGAGAGUGUAUACUGUAUCUCCGACAACCAGAUGCCCAUCCAGACUAUAGCAAAGAAUAUAGAAUAUUUUCUCAACUGAAAGUUAAUGAUAUCCUUGAUUUAGGAGGAGAUCCAUGUGCUUUUGACUAUCAUUUUGAGUGGAAAAGGUACUGGCCAUAUCGGAUGAAUGAACUUCUCAAAGAAAGUUGGGAAAUUAAGAAGAAUAAGUGCUUACAAAUUUUAUUCCAAAAGAAUAGUCAAACCAGUUCUGAAUCAUCUACAGAUUUGUCGUCAUAUACAUCAUCAUCAUCAUCUUCACCGCCACCAUCAUCAGAUGAUGACUAUGAUUCAGCUAAUCAUAUUACAGAAGAUACAUCACGUAAAAACUUUAAAAAGAAAAUAUCAAGAUAUUCAAAAGCUAAAAAUACAUCAGUGGCAGACAAUGAGAGGAAGUGUGAAGAUUUGAAACCUGUUCAAGAAUUUGAAGAAGAUAUUGGAGAUUUAACUUUGGAGUUGAAUCUUAAAAGAUUUCGAAGAAGUGAAGACAGUAGAGAGACUACGAAAGAAGGUAAUUCUUCUGUCACAUGUGGCCUAGAAAACCAAACAUCUUGUUCUAAAAAUUUAUAUGGUCAGAGUAUCCAGGAACCUGUAUCUGUCCAGAUUCUUGGUGUACUGAAACUGUUAAAUUAUAUGAAAGAAAGAUUUGGUGAAUUAGAGAGACCUCUUACUACACUUUAUCUAAAAGCAGUUACCCUGAAAGAGAAUAAAUUAGACUUAAAUCAAAUUCUUGAGGUGAGAGAGAAUGUUUCCUUGUUUAGAAAGUUGGGCAACAAGCUUGAACAAAUAUUAGCAGAUGCUAAUCUCAGUUCUACCCAAAAGGUUAUCUUUCAGGAGAUUUAUGAUCGUUUCAGCCGCAUGUUGCUUAAUGUAAAAAGUAGUUCUCCAUGUAUGGGGUUAGAUAUGUCUAGAAUAGCAGAGCUCACCAUAGGCCAAGAUGUGAGCAAGUCUCUCACCCUCAUAAAGAAUGCUCUUAUUGAUCAUGGAUAUCCAGAUGUUCCAAAAGAAAAACUAGUGAGUAUUUAUUUGCAUGCAAAAAAUAUUCUUGAAAAGGGUGAAUACAGUGGGUCAAAAUCUGAAAAACUACUUUUGCCAGAGAAUGAUACUUGUGGUGAUUUUACUCUCAAUAAAGGUAAGUCAAGUGUAACUUGUAUAGAGCCAUCACAGUUAUACCAGUCAGAGCAUCAGCAGCAAAGUCUAGUUGUCCCUGUAUCACUUCAAAGAUUUUUGCCAUCUUUAAAUCCAGACAGUGUCAAAAACUCUGAAGCACAAACUCAAAAGCCAAUGUUGCUACUAACACCCCCACCAUCUAGUAGUGGAAAGAACACAUUUCCAGAAUUGUCGAAAGAUGCUGCAAUCGGAGAAAAACCUCCACCAAUUGAACUUGGAAAUGAGCCAUCAGUAAAGAAGGACCAGCCCUUGGAACUGGAACAAUUAUCUCCAACAAUAUGCUUGGCUAUACCAACUUCAAGACAAUUGUCAGCAAAACCACAUAAUCAUGCAGCCUUAAAAAUUGCUUCAAUUUCCGAUUGUACUUCUAAUGAAUCGGAUUCAAAGUCAAGUCAAAGUAUAAUAAAGGAUUGUCUCUCAUCAUUCUCACCGCCAAGUAAAGAUAAAAAUCCUGUUUCACUAGAAGAUUAUAUUAAUGUAGAUUUUAAAUGUCCAGACUAUCUUUUACCUAAAGAGCCUGAUACAAAAUUGAGCGAGUGUCAUACUGAUUCUGGGUUAUCAGGCGAGUUAGAUAAAAUAGCAAAUACAGAAAAUAUGCCUAAUAAAAAACCAGCAUUAUUACCCAAGAACCCUAUUAGAAUUCAAAUACCCAAGAAGCCUAUUAGAAUUAAAAUUCCACAAUUAUCUAAGCAAAAGAGUUUUUCAUCAUCCUUCAGUCCCAUAAAUGACGACCAAGAACUCUUGUAGUGUGCACUGUUCUCUGAUUAUUAGCAGGUAAAGUACUAGGCCAGAUGAAAAUUACAGUAUAAUAAUAGUUAAAUCAUAUAUUCAAAUGCAGUAAAUCAUAAAAUUAAGGGAAUUUGGGGUUUUAAAGUUAUGGCUUUAUUCUGUAGUAAAGCAUGUGUAUUGAGUACAUUGUUGGCAUACUUGAUAAAUAUUGAUUUCACUAAAGUGAUCCAAUAGAAAUUAACUUUGUGUGAUCAACUUGUAUCAAAAGGUGAUCAAUAAAAUACUGUAUGUGCAUUAAGUAUGCCACAUGGGCUGCCACUGUAAAUCAUUUUGUUGACUACAAGAAUGUAAAGUUCAGUACUGUAUAUGCACAUGAAUUUAUGUAAGGGAAACAAUAAUGUUGAGAUGCAGUACCAUAAUCAAUAUAUUUUGGAAAGUGGUAUUUGCUAUUAAAAUUGGGACUGUUGCAAAAUAUAAUAGAGUAGUGUAUAUAUUACAAUAGCAUAUUCUUGUUAUUUUUACCCUUGAUAUUUAUUUCCUGUUAUCAACACUGUACUGUACUUGAUGCAUUAUAACUCGUAGGGUAUGCAAAUAAAAUGUAGGCGAGAUGA